CAAAAAAAUGUUCGGUCCUGUCCCACAAAAUGUUCGGUUUGGUCCUAAAAAUGUCCAAUUCUGCCCCAAAAAUGCCCACUUUGGCCCCCAAAAUGUUCAAUUCUGCCCCAAAAACACUCAGUUCUGCCCCCAAAAAUCCUCGAUUCUGCCCCAAAAAUGCUCAAUUCUACUCCCCAAAUCCUCAAUUCUGCCCCAAAAAGUUCAUUCCUGCCCCACAAAAUGUUCGGUUUUGGUCCUAAAAAUGUCCAAUUCUGCCCAAAAAGGCCCACUUUGACCCAGAAAUGCCCACUUUGACCCCCAAAACGCUCAGUUCUGCCCCAAAAAUCCUCGAUUCUGCCCCAAAAAUGCUCAAUUCUACUUCCCAAAUCCGCAGUUCUGCCCCCAAAAAGUUCAGUCCUGUCCCACAAAAUGUUCGGUUUGGUCCUAAAAAUGUCCAAUUCUGCCCCAAAAAUGCCCACUUUGACCCCAGAAAUGCCCACUUUGGCCCCAAAACGCUCAGUUCUGCCCCAAAAAUCCUCGAUUCUGCCCCAAAAAUGCUCAAUUCUACUCCGAAAAUCCUCAGUUCUGCCCCCAAAAAGUUCAUUCCUGUCCCACAAAUGUUCGGUUUGGUCCUAAAAAUGUCCAAUUCUGCCUUAAAAAUGCUCAAUUCCAUUCCGAAAAUCCUCAGUUCUGCCCAAAAAUCCUCAGUUCUGCCCCAAAAAUGCCCACUUUGGCCCCAGAAAUGUUCAAUUCUGCCCCAAAACACUCAGUUCUGCCCCAAAAAUCCUCGAUUCUGCCCCCAAAAUGCUCAAUUCUACUCCCCAAAUCCUCAAUUCUGCCCCCAAAAAAGUUCAUUCCUGCCCCACAAAAUGUUCGGUUUGGUCCUAAAAAUGUCCAAUUCUGCCUUAAAAAUGCUCAAUUCCAUUCCGAAAAUCCUCAGUUCUCGCCCCAAAAAUCCUCAGUUUCUGCCCCAAAAAUGCCCACUUUGGCCCAGAAAUGUUCAAUUCUGCCCCAAAAAACACUCAGUUUCUGCCCCAAAAAUCCUCGAUUCUGCCCCAGAAAUGCUCAAUUCUACUCCCCAAAUCAUCAGUUCUGCCCCCAAAAUGUUCAGUUCUGCCCCCAAAAUCUUUGGCUCAACCCCAAAAAUGCCCACUUUGGGCCCAAAAACGUUCAAUUCUGCCCCCAAAAUCCUCAAUUCUGCCCCAAAAAAUCCUUGGGUCACCCCAAAAAUGCCCACUUUGGCCCCAAAAAUGUUCAAUUCUGCCUUAAAAAUGCUCAAUUCUAUUCCGAAAAUCCUCAUUUGUGCCCCAAAAAUCCUCAGUUCUGCCCCCAAAAUCUUUGGCUCGACCCCAAAAAUGCCCACUUUGGUCCCAAAAAUGUUCAAUUCUGCCCCAAAAAUGUUCAAUUCUGCCCCAAAAACGCUCAGUUCUGCCUUAAAAAUGCUCAAUUCUAUUCUGAAAAUCCUCAGUUGUGCCCCAAAAUGCCUCCCACUGCCUUCCCAGUUCCCGCCCAGUACCUUCCAGUGA